GCGUUUGUGAUUUAAUUAAUUGUUAUAUUAUAUGUUGUUAUUGUUAUAUCAUUCACAAUUUAUAGUUGGUCAAAUUGUUUUUUAUUGAAAUUUCUGCCAUUCUUAUUACUAUUACUAAAUGGUACUUACCGAUAUGGUCGUCAAACACUUGAACAACAGCAGCAGCAGCAAUACACGAGAUGCCAACACCAAAGUGGUCAUUGUGCAAUCGUUGAACAAUGUGCAGAUCAUGUUGCCAGAAUUGGGCUUUGUUAAUGCAUUGCGGGCAUACCUUGAAUUGAACAAGAUUGACUACCGGAUUGAUCAACGUUCCAACGCGGAAUGGAUGUCGCCAGAUGGCCAAUUGCCGUUUAUCAAGUUUGGUCGCCAGCUGAUUUCUGGCUUUUGGCCGAUUGUCGAAUUCAUCAACAACGAAUUUCACAUUACGGUCAAGGGUGAUGGUUCCGAGCGUCAGGCACACAUUGAUUUAUUCAACAAGGUGAUUAUUGACACUGAACUGUAUUACACAUGGCUGGACAAGGACACCUACGACAAGCACACGAAAAUUAGCUAUGCAUGCGACAAGCCGUGGCCAUUGAACAACAUUCUUUGCUGGCUCAAACAACGGGAUAUCGCCUGGCGACUACAAGACCAUUCUAAUGGACAGAAUGCAUUGGAAGAAUAUUUGCAAGAAAUGAUUCGUGUGACAUCACGCCAAGUGGAUGAAGGCAGCAGUGCCGUAUCUCAGGAACUAUUGUGUCUCAUCUAUGGUCAUAUCAAAGCCAUCAAUUCGUACGACAAGACAUACGAAGUGUUGAGCAAUAUGGUCAAACAGUAUCCGUCGCUGUUGGAGUUUGUUGGCAAAUUUGAAGCCAUCUUUCAUCAGCAGCAGCAGCAGCAGCAACACGAGACCAAUUGACUAGCAAAAGUCUGACACACAUGUAAAGUUUAGCUGUAUUUGUUUUAUUGUUUUCUCAUUAAAUGGUCAAUGUGUUAUUGACAAUCAUCAUUAGAAUUACGCA